AGAAGAUCACUGCGGAAGAUGGGAAUCUGGCUGAGUUCAUGGACAAGAGCACUCUCAUGCUGCACCGCAUCGGCGGCUUUCUGCUGAUCUCUUGCAUCACCGUGGGAGUAUGGGUCAUGAUAGAGCUCUUCUUCCCGCAAGAAAUGCUCCUCUAUCCCUUCGGCUGGGAGCGGCUCAUCCCUCCUGGGCUCUCAAGCUUUUACAACCAUUUCAUAGUCCCCGUCUCUACCCGAAUGGUCGUGAGCUUCGGGCAUUACAAGAAGAGUCAACGGACGGUCGCACUUCUCUUCCUCUCCCUCUACGGCAGGUUCGUCAACAUCGUCAUCAUCCUCCGCAAGCAGUACAAGAGUAUCAUGGACCCCUCGCGCGUGCUCAGACUCGACCGCAUGCCUGACGUCUGCUUCUGCGAGGUCCUUUCCCUCCAGAUUCCCUUCUCCCCCCCCCCCCUUCAACCUCAUUCUGCCUGAUAUGACGCUGUUAACGUUAGGACGGGGUCGGUGUCAACUUCCUUCUGUUCUGGUCGAUGGAUUGGAUCAUGUCCAACCUUGCGGUCUCGCACCUUGGUCAUGACUCGAUCGUUUGCUGACUGGCAAGACGGCAGGUGGUCCUCAUCCCUUUAAUCGUUGGUGUCUUUCGGAGAAUCUCUCCGCCAGAGAAGUGAGUAUUCGUAACUCAGCUCCUCCCUGACUGUCCAUUUCACUGUCAUCUCCUGCUUCUCAUGGUCAUUCUUCUCAGG